CACAUUCUAUUGAAGGUUCGAAUUUGUCUAAUAUUAAUGUAGUUUUUCUUCCAAAAAAUACUAUGGCAUGGUUACAACCAUGCGAUGCUAGAAUCAUCUACUUAUUUAAGUGUCACUAUCAUAAGCUAUUAUUACAAAACCAAAUUGCUGCAUUUGAUGAAGCAAAUCUAACCAAUGAACCCUCAGAUCCUGUUACAAUUUAUGAUGCAAUUCAGUUUGUUGCACAGGCAUGGAAUAAGGUUUCUGAAGAUACAAUUAUUCAUUUAUGGCAAAAAACUAGUAUUCUUCCUUUUGCAAAAAUUGAUGAAUGUCUAGAUACGGAAGUUUCAGCUAAAAUAAAUAAUGACAAUAAGGAAACAGAAUUAGAAAAUCUCAUUACACAAUUUCAGGAUUUAAAAAAUCCCGAAAACCCUAAGCAUUUAAAUAUUUUUAUACAUGAGUUUAUCGAAAUUGAUAAUAAAUAUGCAACAGGUGAAAUGCCUACAAUUAACGAGCUUAUAGAAGAAAUGCAAGAAAGUGAACCCAAAGAAGAAGAACUAGAGAAGCAAAAACCUGUUAUGCCAACUCAAGCUGUUACCAGAAUAGAUUCAGUAUUGGGUUAUAUUGAACAGCUUGAAUUGAAUUUUCAAAUUGAUAUUAAAGUUUUUGCUAGACUUAAACGGAUGCAAAAAGAGCUUGCUUAUUUAACAAAAAAAAAUUCAAAGCAAACAAAAUUGGAUUCAUU